GUACAGAUUGUGCUCUACACGCCGAACAGAUAGUGCACCGUUCAUCUACGACACACAGAAAAUCAUGUACCUGCGACAAGCAAGCGCGCUGGCUGCUCGCCGCGCGACCGCGGGCUCAGUCCGCAGGCUCGCAACGGGCAAGGAUGUCAAGUUUGGGGUGGAGGGGAGGGCGCUUAUGCUGCAGGGCGUCGACAUGCUCGCCGACGCUGUGCAGGUGACCAUGGGCCCGAAGGGACGGAGCGCUAUCCUGGAGCAGACCUACGGCGUGCCGCGCAUCACCAAGGACGGGGUGACGGUGGCCAAGAGCAUUGAGUUCAAGAACAAGUUCCACGACAUGGGAGCGCAGCUCGUGCGACAGGUGGCCUCGAAGACCAACGACGCGGCGGGAGACGGGACGACUAGCGCGACCGUGCUUACUCGGGCAAUUUUCCGGGAAGGAUGCAAGGCGGUGGCGGCGGGGAUGAACCCGAUGGACCUUCGUAAGGGGAUCAAGCUGGCCACGGACCACGUGGUGAGCGUGCUCUCGGACAUUAGCAAGCCCAUUUCCACAAAGGAGGAAGUGGCGCAGGUUGGGACCAUCUCUGCCAACAGCGAAACCGAGAUCGGCGACCUGAUCGCUUCCGCCAUGGAGCGUGUGGGCAACGAGGGAGUGAUCACGGUGCAGGACGGUAAGACCUUGGACAACGAGAUCGAGGUGGUGGAGGGGAUGAAGUUCGACCGCGGGUACAUCUCGCCGUACUUCGUAACCGACAACAAGACCCAGAUGUGCGAGAUGGAGAACCCCCUUAUCCUCAUCGUGGAGCGGAAGGUGUCGACGAUCAACUCGAUCAUCCCUCUUCUUGAAGCUACGGUGAAGUCCCAGAGGCCGCUGCUAAUCGUGGCGGAGGACGUGGAAUCGGAGGCACUGGCUACUCUCGUCGUCAACAAGCUCCGCGCCGGCAUCAAGGUAUGCGCUGUGAAGGCCCCCGGGUUCGGGGACAACCGCAAGGCGACCUUGCAGGACCUCGCCGUGCUCACCGGUGGGCAGGUCAUCAGCGAGGAGGUCGGCUUGAAGCUGGAGGACGCCACUCCGGACCACUGCGGGACCUGCAAGCUCGUGAAGGUGUCGAAAGACGACACCAUCAUCCUCGACGGCGCAGGUGCCCGGGACGGCAUCGAGGAAAGGUGCAGCCUCCUGCGGGAGAGCAUCGCCCGCGUCAAGUCCGACUACGAGAAGGAAAAGCUGGAGGAGCGCCUAGCCAAGCUGCACAGCGGCGUAGCCGUCAUCAAGGUUGGAGGCAGCUCGGAGGUGGAGGUAGGCGAGAAGAAGGACCGUUUCGUGGACGCCCUUAACGCCACCCGAGCAGCGGUGUCGGAGGGAAUCGUGCCGGGCGGGGGCAGCGCACUUCUGUGGGCGUCUCGACAGCUGGAGGCAACUAAGGCUUCCUGCGCCAACAUGGACCAAAAGAUCGGGGUUGAAAUCAUCGAGAAGGCGCUCAGGAUGCCCGUCCACACGAUCGCGAUGAACGCCGGCGUGGAGGGAGCCGUGGUGGUCGGGGAGUUGCUUAAGGCCGAGGACCCGAAGUGGGGCCACAACGCGGCCACCGGCGAGUACUGCGACAUGAUCCAAGCAGGAAUCAUCGACCCUACCAAGGUUGUGCGCACGGCAUUGGUAGACGCCCAGAGCGUUGCAGCUCUCCUCAUGACCGCCGAGGCGAUGGUGGCGGACUUGCCGGAAGAGGAAGCACCGGCUUCGCCGAUGGGCGGAGGGGGCAUGGGUGGCGGAAUGGGAGGCAUGGGCGGCAUGCCGGGCAUGAUGUAAACCCUUUAUAUUUUGGGAACCCAGCUACCUUUGAAACAUGCUCUGCAAUUAUUUCGGGGGGCGGGAACAUGUAGUCAAUGUGUUAGAUGCGGCAGUAGCAGUGGCACUUUUCGGUGGGCAGCUGUCCGGUAUGUCUUUUGGGGGCGGGUUUGGUUUUGAGGUCGAGCAUGUUUUUGCCCGGCAUCUAUGAGAUGCGGUAGUCGGGAGGACGAAUAUGUGCCUGAAUGUGCAAGACAAUCAACCGUGUCAAGAAAUAGGGUGCGCGGCGCGCCGCUGCCACGAGCGGAUGGCGGUGCUGCAAAGGGGCGUAGACGUGCGGUUGUGAAACCGCGAAGAGUCGUACGGUUUCAAAGGGGCGCUAUGUAAGACGGCACUCACUCCUGCGAGUUUAUGCGACCGCUCACUCUCUUGCCCGGUUCCGCUGGUCUCUCUGGUACCCUAGUCCAUGCAGUAUGGCUGACGUGAACUACUCGCAUUCUGGGAUCUCGCAAAACCGUUGACCCAAACCAAUCAGUGGGCACUAAAGGUUCCAGGGAGCACUCACAACGAAUCAAACAGUCCCUUUGUUCGUCUCCAACCAUGAGUUCAGCUGGAUGCCAUCGACGGUCCUGCAACACUGCGUAUGCAUUUCGCUCUCCGUGAAGGCCACCUCAGACUGUCGUAGAUUGUGACCGUCAGAUGACCUGUGGACAUCUACCUUCGGGGUGUUGCCACACAUAGACGCAGCGUAUGAUGGACGCUGAACCCUGCUGCUGCAGCAGGCUCGCUUCCCCCUGACUCGCACCACAACUCUCCGUACGCUUCAGCCUCUCAACAAGAGGUUGAACCGGUGUGUAUCCACACCACACUUCCUCAAGGGAACUUGUUCACGUGUGAACCUGGAAACAUGCACCCCGCAGGAUGACAAACAUGAAAUGAUCGUACAGGAAAAACAAUCCUUCCUACUUGACCCUGCUUGAUUCGUCAGCCGUACACAUCGAACGGUGUUUGGGUUGGCGCUACGCAAAAUAUUUGAGACGGGACACACACCCGGUUUGCCUCUGGCGAGGGACUGUCUCCGAGACGGUACAAUCACCUUCAUUCAAGUUUACCGUCUGAGUACGUGUGCUGUUGGACACAUUAUUGAAAGCAAGCCGACGAAUAUCGUCGGCGUUGCUAUGUACUCCGUCCCAAGCUGGCUUUGUUUUUUUGCUCGUUGUUUCAGGCUUGACAGCGGAAGCGGGGACGAAUUCCUCAUGUAUGCAUGCUUCACUGCGUGACUGCGUGUGCUAUUGGACAAACUCCCGCUCGCAGCGGGAGAGAUGGAGAGUGCUGUCGUCGCCACUCCGAAACUCUGUACCACGGAAUGGGCCUUGGUGUGAGGGAGACACGAGGUUAAACAUCAACUGCGAGUUGAGACAAAGCCAAUCCUGAACAGCGAAAGCGAUGUAUUCUGCGGAGGCAUCAAUUUCAACCUUAUCGGCUGGACGACCGGACACAAGAGUGAUUUCUUCACAAUUGAAAAACGGAAGGUGAAACCGUCCAUGGUACUGGGGAUACACUGAAGUCCGAGGUGUGUGGAGCCUGUCUUCCGAACCACCGUUGCUCCUCGUGACAAAGAAGGAGGGUUUAACUUGAACCUCUUAGCUCUUCGUACGACACUUGACGCAAGGGCGAUGGCACUCUCGGGCACCCGGGGAAGGUUGCGGGAGCUCGUCUAUUGUUCGCCGCACUCUUGACCCUCUAGACUAGAGUCCACCAGCAAGCCGGGUGCCUGUCUCUGCAUGAAAAUACGCGUGCUGCCAGGAGCCUCGAGACCACCACGCUGGGGGGGGCAUGGAGAAGGCCGGCAUGACAAAGGAGAAGUAAAGGGUGUGAAAGUUAAAGGCCGGAAGGAUGAAGGAGAGACAACACGCUGAGGUCGAGGGGAGGGGUGGUAUUUCUUCAUGGCACCGUGGCGCCGGCGAGUGAGGGAGGAAGCAGUGAAGCGCCAGCCGACGAUGGACGGAAAGAAGAAAGCCGGAGAGGUUGAGGAAGCAUCCACGG